GAUAUCGUCACUUCAGAACAAUCACUAAAGAUUAAUAACAUGGUGAACAUUACUAUGAAUCACCUAGAAUAUUUUUACUUGUGUGUUUCUGUUCCUCUAGACAUUAUCGAUAACCAAGAUAAUGUUUGGGGAAAGGUAAUCUCACUCGAUCCAGGUGUUUGCACGUUUAUGACUGGUUACGAUCCUAACAGUCAAUUAAUCGAGUGGGGUAAUGGUAAUCUCAACAAAAUAUUCAAACUAUCCAAGAAAUAUAACAAAUUACAGAGCGAUAAGGAUUUUGUAUUAGGGUGA